GGGUUUUCUUUGAACUCAUUUUGAAGCUUUGAUCAAUAAAUCCCCAUCUCUUCUAAUCAUGACCACCACAAGCCUCAAUUUUUAUAAGAGAAAGAAUGAAGACAAUUUUUUAUUCUACUUAUUUUAGCAUCAGGCUUUGAGUAUGAUGAUUAUUAUAAUUGCCAGCCAUUAUGACCAUCAUGAUUAAUCAGACCCUUCUCCAUCUUUACAAUCGCUAUAUAAGGAGUGGAGAUGCAAGUUGACUACAACACACUUGAGCAUUAGCAACCAAGAGGUCCCUUUUUUUUAGAAAAAGGAUGCUGAAAAGAGGUUCCAUAACCGUAUCGAUGAUUCCAAACUCGACACUGUUGAUGGGAUGGUGCCGGGGAAGGAAGCGGGUGAAGAGGAGGCGUGGAAGCACCGUACGGCUGGGGAAUAAGGCUAAACGUCGAGGGUUCUGGCUAGGGUCACGUUCAGUGGUUCAAUGGGGGGUCAUGGUUGGUCCUCUCAGAAUGCUGAAGAAGAUCAUUACGGAAAUCACAGUGAAGGAAAAGUUCAUAGAGGCGUAUUAUAUGUACUUACCUUUAUUACGCCCUCAAUUAUUUCCCUUAUGUUGAUAUAUAAUUUGGAUACUUUCUUUUCUUCUGUUAAUAAUGUACUCUUUAAAAAGUACAUGACACUCUUAACCACCGGUUCUUAUAAUGUUAAGACCGAACAUCCUUCCAUAAAUGCUUUAUGUAAGAACUUUAAAAUAUAGCAAAUAUUCUUCCUCCCUCUUGCA